UUUACGGGCUUAAUAUCUACCCGCAUUUGAUCCUUACCCUAGUGUCUCUCGUAUACAACUAGCGCAUUCCACAACUCUCUCUCUCUCUCUCUCAUAUCUCUCUCCCCCCCCCCCCCAAACCCUAGUUUCCAACCCCAUUCCACCUUUCGUUUUCAUCAUGAAAGGAGCCAAGUCCAAGGGUGAAUCGAAGAAAGCCGAUGCUAAGCUUGCCGUUAAUAAGAAGGGCGCCGCCGCUACUAAGGGCGGAAGGAAACCAGCCAAGGGAAAGGAACCAAAGGACCCUAACAAGCCUAAGAGACCUCCAAGUGCUUUCUUCGUUUUCAUGGAGGAUUUUAGGAAGCAGUUCAAGAAGGAUAACCCUGACAACAAAGCUGUGUCCGCUGUGGGCAAAGCUGCUGGAGCAAAAUGGAAGUCAUUGUCUGAAGCUGAGAAAGCACCAUAUGCAGCAAAAGCAGAGAAAAGGAAGGCAGAAUAUGAGAAAACCAUGAAGGCAUAUAACAAGAAACAGGCUGAAGGUCCAGCUGCUGUUGAGGAAGAAGAAUCUGGGAAAUCAGAAUCUGAAGUGCAUGAUGAGAAUGAGGAUGAUGAUGAGGAUGGCAGUGAAGAGGAGGAGGAUGACGAGUAGAAACUUGGAUGAUGAUAACAUUUAUGUAGGAUGUGCUGAUGAUUUGAUCAUCUUGUGUAGAUGAUCUUUUCGUUUCUUGAUAAACAUGUCUUACUUCUAGGAAUAUUUUGCUGCUCCCUUGGUAAAUGUUUUGUCUUUUCAAAACGUGAAUAGCUAAAAUAUGAGGGAGCUAGCCUUUAUCUGUACUUUUAAAUCCAACUAUUUUAGUUAAGAGGUGUUUAUCUUUUGUAGAGCUUUUAGUUUCUCUUGUGGAAUCUGAUUAUGUUUAACGUAAUUUGCUGAUUAGUUUUUCAUUUCCAUCCUACUGUAUCAUCGUUUGUA